AUGGCCACUAAAAUUGAAAAUAAAUCAAAUAGUGCUGGACAAGAAGAAGAAAUGAAUUUACUUCGUGAUCAUUUUAAAGAUAAUAUUCGUAUUCUAUCAUCUAUUGGACAAUUUUCUUAUAUAUUAAAAAUACGAGCUGAUCAAUAUGAUGUUUCAUUAACAUUACAAUUAGAUGGAUCUUAUCCUAAAAAACCACCUGAAAUAAUAAUAACAGCGCCUCGUCUUACACCUGAUCAAAUUUUACUUGUUCAAAAACUUCUUCAAUCUUAUAGUGAAACAUUACGUAAUCAACCAAUGAUUUUAUCGAUAUAUUCACGUUUACUUAAAUGGUUUGAUGAAAAUAAUAUUCAAGCAUUAACUAUUAAUAUAAAUAAUAAUACGUCUACUCCACGUUCACCAACAAAUGGUAGACUUCUUUCACCAACAGCAUCGAUUAAUAAUCAUAAUAAAAUAUCACAUAAUGAUGAACAUAAUAAUGAAGAAAUAAAAAAAUAUUCAAUGAAAACAGCUGAUGAUAUUAUAUCAUAUAUUGAAUGUGAUAAUCGUCUUGAUAAACAUUAUAUACGUGUUGGUUAUAUUGAUCAUAUUCUUGGUUUACAAGAAAAACCAUUUAAUGAUUUUGAUUUUAAAACUGAUUUAUCAACAAUAAAUGAUCGACAUACAAAUAUACUUGAUAUAUCUAAAAAUCGUAUACAACAUUUUAAAUAUGCUAAUGAAAUUAUUUGGGAUAAAAAAUCACAUAUUGAUUUAAUAUUUGGUUCAACUGGUAAUCAACAAACAAUUGAUGAUAUUAUUAAACGACAUGAAAAUCUUAUUGAAACAAAAAGUGCUCAAGAUGAAAAACCUAUUGAUAUGGACCAUAAUUUAUCAACAAAACGUUAUUUAACUUUAACCGAUGGUUUAUAUAAACCGAACUAUUUAAUAUCAAUACCAAUAAAUGAUUCAUCAAUUAUAUCUCAUUAUAUUGCAUAUCGAGAACAUUUACUUUCUACAUAUCCUUCAAUUUUUUCUUCUUCAUCUUCACAUAUUCUAUUAAUUGAUCCUCAUCAUCUUCAUUUAACAUUAUUGACAUUACGUCUUGAAUCAUCAUUACAAAUUGAACAAUGUAUUCUAGCAUUAAAACGUAUUCAAGAAGAAAUUCAUUAUCAUUGUUCAUAUCCUGAACGUAUAUGUUUAGAAUUUCAUGGCAUUGAUACAUUUCAUAGUAAAACAUUAUUUAUAAAAUGUCAACAAAAUAAUCGAUUAGAUAAUUUACGUACAUUAACUAUUGAACGUCUUUAUGAACAACAACAAAAACAUAAAAUGAAUAAUAUACUUUUUGCUGGAAAUUAUCAAGAAUUUAUUCCACAUAUAAUUAUAUUUAAAAGUAAAAGAAAGUUUUUAUCAAUACAUCAAAAUGAAACAAAUGAUAUUUAUUUUGGUAAACAAUUUAUUGAUGCAUUACAAUUAUCUUCUAUUAGUACAAAUGAAAAUGAACAACAAAUGUAUCAUUGUAUAUUUAAACUCGAUUUGAGUUAA